AUGGCAGAGCAUGCAACCGAACAGGAGGUUCUUCUCGCGAAGCGUAUCAUCUCGGCUGCAGAGCGUCAUGAUGUCCCGGCGCUAAAGGUUACGCUUAAGGAGGGCUCAGCUAAUGUCCAGGACCCCACAGCAACAGUCGCAACAUCGCCACUCCACGCUGCUAUUGCAGCUUGCGGCAAAGCUGAAGAAGGAAAGCAGGCUGGCGAUGCUGCCAUUGAGACCAUCAACAUCCUACUUGAAAACGGAGCUAUCUGGAACGAUCUGAACAAGGAGGACGAGACGCCGGGAUGCAUCGCUCUUCGUCUCGGCCAGGAGAAAAUCUACGACUUGAUGGUUGAAGCUGGUGUUCGCGCUGAGUUGUUAUUCGCCAAGAUGCAGGCUCUUGGUCUUGGAACUUCUGCCAUUGAGGUGGAUGAUGAGGAGGAUGAGGAGAUCACAGAGGAGCAGCCCGCGCCCAAGAAGCAGAAGGUCUCUGAAGAUGAAGCUCAAGCCGUCACCGAAGCCGUCGAGGAGAAGGUCCUCGACGACGUAUCUCUGGACAACAAGGCCUACAUCCGAUCGCAGCUGCGCUACAAGCCCGGAAUCCUCCUCGAUGAGAGCGACAACGCCGUCAUGAUGGACUGGGAAACCGAGAUCAUGCAGAGACACGCGGAAACCCUCAUCCCCAAGAAGGGUCUGCGGACCAUGAACGUUGGCCACGGAAUGGGUAUCGUCGACACAGCUAUCCUUACCCACGACCCCUCAGAGCAUCACAUUAUCGAGGCCCACCCGCAAGUGCACCAGCGCCUGAGGGAGACCGGAUGGUACGACAAGCCCAAUGUGCACAUCCACGAGGGCCGCUGGCAAGACGUACUGCCCAGGCUCGUCGAGCAGGGCGUUGUUCUGGAUGCUAUUUACUACGACACAUUCGCAGAGGACUACGCGGCGCUCAAGGAGUUCUUCGCCGAGUACGUCAUCCAGCUGCUUGCCAAGGAUGGCAAGUUCGGGUGGUACAACGGUCUCGGCGCUGACCGACAGAUCUGCUACGAUGUCUACACUAAGGUGUCUGAGAUCGAUUUGUAUGAAGCUGGUUUCGAUACCACUUGGGAGGACAUCAAGGUCCCCUCGGGUCUGCACGGAAGUAAGGAGUGGGAGGGUACAAGGAGGCCGUACUGGACCAUCGAUGUGUACCGUCUGCCGGUGAACACUUUCUUGAAGUAA